AUGUCUACUCCCUUUGAAUCUCAAGUCCUCGAAGCCAAUGCCAAAUACGCCAGCACGUAUAAGCACAGUGGUCUUGAAUGCCCUCCUCUGAAGAAAGCCGUUCUCAUCACAUGCAUGGAUUGUCGUCUUGAUCCAAAAUCUGCCUACGGUUUCGAGCUAGGCGAAGUCACCACCAUUCGCAACGCCGGUGCCUCUGGCCGAGAUGCGGCGCGCUCGGUACUUCUGACGACUCAUGUUUUGGGUGCUGAGGAGGUUCUCCUGAUUAAGCAUACGAGAUGCGGGCUGUUGGGUGUUCCAUCUGAGGUUGUGCAUGAUGUUAUGAAGAAGAAUUUGGGAUUGACGGAAUCCAAGGAUGUGGAUAACUUCGAGGUCCUUACUUUUCAUGAUUUGGAAGCGUCUACCAGAGAGGAGGUGGAGUAUCUUCGAAAUCAUCCUUUUUGGCGCAGCAAUAUUCGAGUGACGGGUUGGAUUCACGAUACUGAUACAGGAGUUCUCAAGAAAAUCGUGGAAUAG